GUUAUGUACUGCACAGCCACGUGUUUAUCUGCAUUUCGGACUCCUUUGAUCAAGUACUAGCAAACGAUCUGCACCACAUUCAGGCGCUCAGCUGCAGUUACGCCCAAUUCGCGAUUUCUUACACAAUGGGAGAACCGGAACACGUCAGGUCGACUUAUAAUGACAUACACAACAUUAUCAGAGGAGCCUCGGACAAGAUUGCGUCUGAAUUCAAGCCAGACAUGUUUAUCGCGAUCGGGGGAGGUGGCUUUUUCCCAGCUCGUGUACUGCGCACAUUCCUGAAAGACCCGUCAACGAAAAGGAAUAUCCCCAUUCAAGCCAUCGGUCUCUCACUCUAUGAAUCUCUUCCUGAUACAACUGCAGAGCAGCUCGGCGGCGAAGUUAUUCGCACCCAGUGGCUAGGACCAGACCCGGGUAAAACGUUGCUCGGGAGACGAGUGUUGAUCGUUGACGAAGUCGAUGAUUCGCGCAAAACUCUCCAAUACGCAUUGAAUGAGCUCCAGAAAGAUGUUGAAACAGAACUUCAGCUGCUUCCAGAGUCUGAGCGUGACUCGAAACGCACCAAGUUUGCGGUCUUUGUGGUGCACAACAAGCUCAAGCUAAAACUUGGAAAGCUGCCACCAAAUAUCCCAUACUUCGUAGGUGCUGAUGUGGAGGAUGUGUGGCUUGAUUAUCCGUGGGAAGCUAUUGAUAUCGAGGAGCAUGACCGUUUGGCAAAGGAGGACAAGGAGAAGGAGAAGACUACAUGACAGUCGAUGAGCACUAAGAUUAGAGACAAGAUGUAUUUGCCCAUCCUGUUCCUAUAAAGUAUUUACUUCUGGGCCACGUCCGUGUCGUGAUCAAUUUCACUUGUGCAAAAGACUCUCGAUCCGUGUCAUCAUGACAUCUGUCCAUGAUUUUUGACAUGCAGAUGGACU